AUGAGGUUCUUGGACAACAAGAAGGACCUAGAGUUGAAACUUGCUACCUCUAAAAGUUAUGCUUUAGAGCUCUCUUCUCAUGUAGAGAAGGUAGUAGAGGAUAAUGAGGCCCUUUCCCUGAAAGUUUAUAAGCUCUCUUCUGCCUUGAAGAAAAAGGUUUUCAAGCUCUCCGAUGUCCUAGAAAAGAAAGAGUCUGAAAUUGUUGAGGCUAUCAAAGCUGCUACCAAUGCGGUUGUAAAGGAAUUCAAGGACUUUUUGACUUUAGGAAAGAGAUGCUUGAGUAUUAUAAUAGCAGUUUUGACGAAUUUUGGGCUUGAACCAUAG